AUGGACCACAAGAAAAGCUCGUUGGAAACCUACAACAGUUUGACCGAUCCGAACUUGGGAGCAUAUUUUUCCAAACAAAAAAUUCAAAAACAUCUGAAAAAAUCUGGACUGAUUUCAAAGCGUGGCAUCAUAAUUCCUGAAAAUGAACUGAAAUCUCGAUUGAUAAAAGAGGAGAAAGAAGAAAAGAUGAAGAUGAUGCUGUUGCAGGAGGUCAUGGAGAGGUCGUAUGAAGAAGAAAAAAGACACCAACAAAUUAUUAAGCAGAAGUUUGAUGAGAUUGCUAAACUGGAAGCUGUUGUGCUAAGAAAACCAAUAAAUCGAAAGUUCUCGAAAUUGCAAAAAUCUUUUUCGAUGUCAACGCUAAGUUCAGCUUCUUUGAAGCGUUCCCGAAGUGCUCCAAAAAACUCGUUGAGAAACGUUGCAUCGGCAAAAAAUUCACGGCAGCUGCCUUGCAUCAUAACUUUAUAUUAUUAUGGUAGAAAACACGUAAGCAACAGCAACAACAUGGAUUACAUCAAGGUGGAGCAACAGGUGAGUGAGAUGGCUUCAGUUAUUGUCUUCAGAGGACCGGUUUCUUAUAAAAGAUUGGUUUACUGCAGCGUUAGUUCCUGCUGUGAGUACAAACACAGAAUGGGAUCAAAGAUUGGAGGAAGGAAAGGAUUGUUCAAAUUUAACGGAGUAUCUGGGGGAAACAUGUGCUCAUGCUGUAAGGUUGCAUUGGAUUUGAAAAAGUCGACAAAAAAUAAUAAAGAAGUAAACAUGGAAAAUAAAGAAACAUUACUAAAAUCCGAAGAUGCACCAUUUACUCCUUGUGAUAACAAAAGUCAAAAUAAUGUGGAUGCCCGUCCAAGGAGCCUCAAAUCAAAAUUUUCGAAAAAGAUUAAAAAGAAAGAAAAUCUGACAAGUUCCCUUUGCCAAACUGAUACACACCUUCCAGAUAAGGUGAUCAAAGUUUCCUCAUACACGUCAACGGAAACUGGUGAUGACGAAAUGGCAAGAUUCAACAUCGAAAAGAAUCAUAAGCACCACGAUCACACAAAAGUUGAUGAUAAUUUGGACACGAACAGAAAGGCCGAAGAACACAAAAACGAUACAGUUUUUAAAACGACUAAAAAAGAACACGACAUACCUUCAUCGAGUAGCAGAUGUUCUUGCAGCAGUAGUGACGAUGAGGACAAGUUUUGUGAACAUUGCAAAUCUGGAAACGACGAUUCCCAGAAAGUUCACAAUCGACGCAAUGUUGAUUCGCCUGAAAAAGAAAAAAUUUACGGUAGAAACAAAAACAAAAAUAAUGAAAGUGAUUGUGAUGUCAUUAGUGGGAGCAGUAGUAGAAGCAACAGUCGAGACAGCAACUCAACUCGAAGUAGCAGUAACAGUAGCGAUGGUGGUAAAAGAAGCAUUCAAAAUAAAAAAUAUAUAAAUCUAAAUAAUGAUAUCAGCAAGAAAAAACGACAGACUCAUUCGUCGGAAUCUGAUGGUAACUAA